GCACUUAUCUUACUUCGAAUAUAUUUGGAGGCCACCAUCUCAACUUACACGCUAAAUCUGCAAUUUCUACAUUUAUAGACCAUUACUUAAUAUAAUAGUAAUAUAAACAAUAUGCCGAAACAACCUGAUUAUUACAAAGUUCUAGGCGUGUCUCCUAACGCAACCCAAAGAGAAAUUCGCAAUGCGUAUAAAAGGGAGUCUUUAAAAUCACAUCCUGACCGUGUACCUGCCGACUCUCCUGAACGGCCUGCCCGAACGCGCAAAUUUCAGGAAAUCAACGAUGCCUAUUAUACCCUUUCAGACGAGUCACGUCGGAGAGAGUACGACGCAACAAGGCCGGUGGAAGCAGAGACUGAGGAUGAAGUACCCCUAGGUGGCACCGGGGGAUUUUCAUGGUCUUCAUUCGGGUUUGGCACGAGCGAUCGUGAACAACGCGCCUCUGAGCAGUUUGGUUCGGUGUUUGAAGAGAUGCUACGCGAGGAGGGCCUUGCUAGUGAUGAUACUGACGCUGAUGGCCGUCGGCGGACCAGGCCGACAUCUCGCUUCUGGUCUAUUGUUGGUGGAAUAAGUGGUGGUGCACUUGGGUUCAUUGUCGCCAAUGCUGCUGGUGCUUUCGCCGGUGCAGUUGCGGGAAAUCGGCUCGGCGCUGUUCGUGACGCGAAGGGCAAAAGCGUUUACGAGGUCUUCCUAGAUCUUCCGCAAGGUGACCGUGCUAGAUUAUUGAGCGAAUUGGCAGCCAAAGUUUUUCAGUCCACAGUAGGGCGAUAACUGCAUAUUGGGCUAUCGUUUUGAUCAAUGUUUAUCCUUUUUCUUUAUUUUUUAGCAUGUGACCGGUGGGAAGGCUUUCCGAGGCCAGAGACUCUAACGCUCAAUGGAUAUAUAAUUAAAUGAUAGUUCUGUAUUUUUCAUUACAUCGUUGACCGCUAGAGUCG